GAGGUAGCCGGUGUUUGAGAGCUGUCUGCUCCUCCGUGUGUCUCUGUUCGGAAACCUUUUAGUUUUAUAUCCAUUGUAAUCUCUGUUCUCAGGAGUGAGAGACAAGGGGACAAGAGGAGUGUACAAGACUACACAAGCACAGAGGCUAGAAUGCUAGAAACCAGGAGAGAUUUAACGUGAGCCAGUUGAAUCCCGAAGCAGCUCUGGUACUGCAAACACCAUCUCCACACCAACACAGCUCACAAGAAAAAUGCGAAGGAAUUCCAGGAAUAGGAGAGCUCACCACUGCUCUGAGUGUGGAAAGAGUUUUGCUGACAGAUGUGCAUUCCAAAGACACUGGCGUAUCCACACAGGAGAGAAACCGUAUCAGUGCUUAGAAUGUGGGAAAUGUUUUAUUGCACAUUGUAAUCUCCGAAGACACCAGCAUGUUCACACAGGAGUGAAACCCUAUUACUGUUCAGACUGUGGAAUGAGUUUUAAUCAAGAGAGUCAUCUUCAAGUACACCAGCGCAUUCACACAGGACAGAAGCCAUAUCAAUGUUCAGAGUGUCACAAACGUUUCACCAUACAGAGUAAUCUCCAAGUACACCAGCGUACUCACACUGGAGAGAAACCGUAUUACUGUCCAGAAUGUGGAAAGAGUUUUACUGUACUAGGUAAUCUCCAAGCACACCAACGCAUUCACACCGGAGAAAAACCAUAUUACUGUUCAGAAUGCGGGACAAGUUUUAAUAAUAGGAGUAACCUUCAUGUGCACCAGCGCAUUCACACAGGAGAGAAACCAUAUUACUGUUCAGAGUGUGGAAUGACUUUUAAUCAAGAGAGUCAUCUUCAAGUACACCAGCGCAUUCACACAGGAGAAAGACCAUAUAAAUGCUUAGUGUGUGGGAAACGUUUCACUAUACAGAGUAAUCUCCAAACACAUCAGCUCAUUCACAGCAGAGAGAAGCCAUAUAACUGUUCCGAGUGUGGAAAGGGUUUUACUGUGCAGAGUAAUCUCCACAGACAUCAGCGCGUUCACACAGGAGAGAAACCAUAUAACUGUUCCGAGUGUGGAAAGGGUUUUUCAGUGCAUUGUAAUCUCCAGAGACACCAGCGUGUUCACACAGGAGAAAAACCCUAUCAGUGUUCAGAAUGUAGGGGGCAUUUUUCACACAUUAAGGCCCUCAAAAAACACCAGAGUAUUCACACAGGAAAGAAAGCUGAAGAGAAGUAGAUAUCCAAACCUCGCCACUGGACUUCAGCCUUCUUACCCCCACUGAAUCAGAUAAGCCAGCAAGGUGAAAAAUACUAGCAGCCAACAAAAUAUUUAAGAAUUUAAUUCUGUAGGAUAGGUAGUGGGAAGUAGUGGAGUUUUAAGGAUUUUUUUCUGUGGGCCAUCAAUGUUUUUGCACAUUAUGAAACUCUUUCUGCUUAGUAUGUUUUGUGUUUGUUUUGAGAACGAUAA